AGUGCAUUGUGGGGAGGGAAGUCGCUGCCAUUCGACCUCUGCGGGGCCUGCGCGGACGCAGCGAGAACCCUGAAAUUCAUUAUGCGUUUAAAACCUUUAUUUAUUUCCGCAUAACCAACAUACUCUCAUCGGGAGGGCCACGGCGGACACAAGAACCGACGACGCUCCAUCGGUUUCGUAAAACAUAACAGCUUAGAAACAGACUUUUUGUCGGCGGGGAUACUGUUGGAAGUGAAGAUUGUACAUUAAGAGGAAGAAAAAAAAUGUCCGGUGAGAGAAACCGCAGGUCGCUGGCUUUCCGAGGAGGUGGAUUAGCUGCGUUAACGGGUUCCAGCGGCAUCGGAGGGGGGAAUUGUAACAGCUGGGAGGCCCCGGCCUGUCAAGACCGACAUUUUAACGGGAAUAGGCCGGAUCAGGAGGAGGACCGGGAUCUGGGAGCGAAAGGACCGUCGCAGAAGCGAGUGGAGGGCGCUGGAUCUGUCAGCGACAGCACGGAACCCGACGCGGAGGAAGAAGAGGACCCGGAAGGGAGUAGAUGGACAGCCGUGGACGGCGACGAUCGCGUCGUCGGUUCGCUGGAAGUGGAGAACGGAUCUAGGCAAGGGAGUAGCCGUAUAUCGGGGAACGGUCUUAACGGCGGAGACGGUCCAGAGUCUUCGGGAGGCGAAGCCAAGAAAUUCGGUGUCGAGAUGAGACCCCAGACGUUGCUCCAGAAAGACUUGGUAUUCCACGCGUCUUGGCUGCAGGAGUUUCCGUGGCUCAAGUUUUGCCAAGAGACGGGACUCAUGUCGUGUUCUUGGUGUCACAACAUUACCGCUAAAAACAGCAACGAGCUGGUCAAAGGGAGUCGCAACUACAAGCGGGCCUUGCUGUUGAGACAUCACCUGUCGUCUGAGCACGGCAGGAACGACCCCACCAAACAGGAGAUGGUGCGACCCUCAGACAAUGCCAGUCUCUCCACAAACUCCUCAGAGGAAGACUACCGCAGCAAGCCCAAUGAGAACUCCUACUGUUACCAGCUUCUCCAGGAGCUGGACAAGCAACGCAAAAGUGGCAUCCUCUGCGAUGUCAACAUUGUCGUCUCCGGCCAAGUGUUCCGUGCACACAAGAAUAUCCUGGUGGCAGGCAGCAGAUAUUUCAAGACCCUCUACUGUCUGACCAAGAGUGAAGCUCAGGACCAGACCACCGUCACUCACCUGGAUGUGGCCGCUGUACAAGGCUUCUCAGUUAUACUCGACUUUCUGUACUCUGGGAAUCUGCUGCUGACUAGCCAAAAUGCCAUUGAAGUGAUGUCUGUUGCAAGUUACCUCCAGAUGACAGAGGUUGUGCAGUCAUGUCGCGCUUUCAUAAAGGAUGCCCUGAAUAUCAGCAUCAAGCAGGAGGCUCCUGAUUCAGUGGUCGUGGACUACAACAAAAGGCAGAUGGUGGCCAAAGAAGGACAGAGAGGGUUGGAUCGGAAGCCAAGCCACUUCUGGGCCACAAGUAUCCUAUCAAAGCUGUCGAUCAAAGCCAGUAACAACCAAGGAAAGGAAGCAGAGGAAGAAGAAGGUGGACAGAUAAAAGAGGAGACGAGUGAUGUGGAAGUGACAGUGGUUGGGGGUGAGGCAUGUGCCCACAUGACAGCAGCCUCUGGCAACUGGUCACACCACAACGACAACUCAUCGGAUUCAGCAGAGACCAAUGAAGCCCGAGCGAUGAGUGGAAAGGGGCCGGUAUUUGUCUGGAAUGAGUCAGCCGCAGGUGGUGCUGUUGCAGCACCAGCAGCAGUUAAGCGACAGGCAACAGAUUCUGCAGCUGGAAGCGGGCGCAGGAAAAAACAGACCACCACACGACGUUUUGUCUACAACUUCCCACCAGAACCCGAAGAGGGAUUUGAUGAGGGAAUGUUCAUCCAGCCAUCUGCCUCAUACCCUAGAGAGGACUUUUCAUCCCUCUCUGAAAAUGCUGAUGAAUCCUCACACCUAGCCCUCAAUAAGCUCAAGUGCCCCCACUGUAACUAUAUAGCCAAGCACCGUCGCACACUAAAGAGGCACCUGAUCAUCCACUCAGGCGUGCGUUCCUUCAGCUGCGACAUCUGCGGCAAGCUCUUCACCCGCCGCGAGCACGUAAAGAGACAUUCCCUGGUGCACAAGAAGGACAAAAAGUACAAGUGCAUGGUGUGCAAGAAGAUCUUUAUGCUUGCCGCCAGCGUCGGCAUAAGGCACGGCUCGCGGCGCUACGGCGUGUGUGCAGACUGCGCCGACUCACACCAGGCCACUCAGGGGAGCCUGGAGGGCAUGGAAUUCGCUCGCGAGGAUGACUUUGAAGGCGAAGAAGUGGAGGACCUAGAGGGGGAGGAGCCUACUGACAACGACCAAUCAAAUUGGGGUGAGGGCAACCCUGGUGUUGCCUUAGAUGAGGACUAAAAUACAUAAAUUAAACAAGCUUGAGAAACAAAUAAGUUGAUGUUUAAUAUAUAUGUGCAUACAAAACAACUAGCUGGUAAACAAUCAACUCCAAAGUGCUAUCAAACCUUGAGCUUACUUAAUUGUGCAAAUAUAUGACAAAGCGAUGAGAAGAGGCUUGGAUGGAGUGAAAACUCCAAGAUGUACAGAAUUUAUUAUUGUGAAAAUGUGUCCAACGUGGGCCACAGCGCCCACUAGAGAAAGAUUCUAACAAUGAAUAUUAUGGUAAAUCAGGUUGUUUAGUGAUGUAUUUUUGUUUUGGGGGGGAUAAGUCAGGCACGGUGAUGAUGUAGGGUUUUUUUUUUUGUUGUUUGUUCUUAAUUUGGUUAGUCCAAUCAUCUAAAAAGAAAUGUUAAUUAUUUAAUUUAUAAAGAGGUUAUUAUGGUCUUAUCAAAUGGUCUAAUUUUAUUUUUGUUUUUGUCUGCAAGCAGAAGCUCGGCAACGGCUGCUGCAUCUGCUCUUAAAGUGUAUCGCUUGGUGCUUGUAGAAGUACAUGAAAGAAGAGCAUUAUUGCAGGCAGGAAGAUUUAAUUUUCUCUGUAGAUCAUCUUUAGUUGUGCAAAAUAUAUAAUAUUCUGUUCUUGUUUUUUUUUGGUUUGUUUUUUAACCCUUUCCCUGCACAAAUCUUGGAACCAAAAACUCUGUUUUGUGACUCUAAUGUAUCACAGCCAUAUUUAUAAUUAAUUUAUGAGGGCUGUGAUAUUGUGCCAAGCAGACCGCACACCAAGAUUUUGCAGGAAACAGAAACUACUGAAUAUGCUUUAAAAGAAAAAAGAAUAAUAAAAAAAAAAUUCACAGUGUGAGGCUUUUGUUUUUGUUUUUUUAAACAAUGAAAAAAGACAAAAAAAGCAAAGGUGGAAACCGUUAUUGCUAGCUUUAUACAAAUCACGGCAUCACAGAAACACUUUAUUAUUAUAUUAUUAAACAAAAGCAUUUGACUUUCACUUAAAGCUUGAAUUUUGCCAAAUGACAGAAACGUUUGGUGCUGUAAUGCUUGUCGCAGAAUACUGGACCUACAGGCUAUGUAUGAUGUUUAUAAUCAUAAAGCUUAAACUGACUCAGUUAUAAAUGUAAUCAGCUUAAUCUACGUAUAGAACACUGUUGUGCUACGGCGACUAUCAGGUAUGCUUUGCCAUUGUUUAUAAGCUUUUAUUUAAUGCGCACACACACCUUUUUUCUUUUUUUUUCUUCUUUUUGUUUUAAAGAGAACUACUACAGGCAGUACUUAUAAUUGACUUUAUGAGGACCUAAGUGGACAUGAAUACCUGAACACAUUUGUUUAUAUUUGGUACUGACUUAUGUAGUAAGUGUGUGUGUGUAUUUUGAAUCACUUGAAUGGUUGCAAAAGGGGGGAAGUGUGCUUAAAGAUCUGCGUGAUUACAUCUGAAAACAACUCCUUUUUUAUUUUAUUUUUUUUUGUUCAGUAGAAGGUAUGAAGAAAAAGUCAUUGGUUUUAUUUGAUGUUAAGGUCUGCCAGGUAGGAAAACACUUUGUUCCACAAAAAGUGAAGCUCUAUGGCGACUCAUAGACAUGCACUUAUGUUUAAAUUUUUUUUUCACUUCCCCAUAAGGGAGUCUGAAUGAAACUAGAAAGCUUUUUUUUUUUUUCCUUCCAAUGCGCAACCUCUAUUUUUUUUGACAUUUUAUUUAAUAUUAUAUUCGUAUAUAUAUAUAUAUAUAUAUAUAUAUAUAUGGACUCCAAAUGCAAUCAAGACUGUUGAUUUCUGUUUUGUCCAAGCAAAAUUGUUUUAAUUAAUGUUGAAAUAUAAUGUGUGAGAAGCCAGGUGAAAACUUGCUUAGUGUAGAGGGGAAAAAGUCCUUGCUCAUGUCUAAUUGUUGAGAUUUCUUUUAUGUUCUUUAUGCUACAGUCGUUCACUUUACCUUGGAUACAUGUUUUAAUUUGUCCUUUUCCACAGAUGUUUCCUUUCUUUGUUGCUUUUUCAUCGAGCACGUUUUCUAAAGAGAUAUGGAGUGUUUGCGGGUCAAAACCUUGGAACAGCAGUAUCUGUUCAUUUGCAGUGGAAUACACAGUAUGUAGUCAAGUGCUAAUGAUAUAUCAUACAGACGAUGUGUAAUUUCCCUUUAGUCUCAGUGGAAGAAGAUAUAUUUUAAGUCAUAGGUCAUCCUCUUCAUGUCACUUUUACCUUCAAAUCAUUGUGGGAGGGGCGAUAUAUAUGUUAAGAAUACGAGAUAAAAUAUAUAUAUAUAAAAGUUCUAUUAUUUAAUUAGUGGAUUUAGUUAGCCACAUUGACCUGUCAGCGCUACAAACCUCCAGAUGUGGUGGUUUAUUUCCGUGAAAUUUAAACUUUCCGCUUUGUGUUCACACUGUGUGCUUGUCCAUCACGCCAUCCUGUUGUUUGUUCUUUUGAUACUAUUUUACCAUCCUACUGAUUUUACUGUAAUGAAUGAAACGCAAAACUAUGAUGUAUCAUUUUAGAUUUUAUGCUGUAUUUGUUAUAUGGACAUAAAAAAAAGAAGAGGAAAAAAAAAAGGCAAAAACACUACAGAUGUAAAGCAGAGGUUUUUUCGUUCCCCGGCUGUAUUUUUUUAUGCUGUUGCAAAAGGUUGUAUUUUUCAAUUUCUCUCGAACUUUAACAGUGAUGCAAAACUCGGGGCCACACCUCUGUGCCCUCCGAACACAAAGCAGAUUCAGGUUAAUCUUUUUACGUUUUUAUCAAAGGUUUUCAAAGAUGGAAAUACAUUCUCCUUUUUUCUGUCUGAAUUGUACUACUGUUCCUCUCUAUACUACAUUUUACGAAUAAAACUUUGAUAUUGCUUU